GCUUGCAAUACCUUAGGGGGAUACCUCCUUUUUUUCCUUCCCACGGCUGUUUCCUUUUCUCUCUCCUAUCUCGUUGUUUUCUGCUCUGCCAGUCUAUCUGCUCUGCUUUUUUUCUUCUCUUCCUUCCCGUCUCUCCUCUACUGCUCUCGUCUCGUCCAUCUCCUCUCGUCUCCUCAGUUCGUCUCGAUCUGCGUAUCCAUCUCCGUCUUCAGCUGCUUCCGCUGCUUCUCCCCCGUCAUUACUGCUCUCUCUCUCUCUCUCGAUUGCGACUACAAUAUCUUUCCGAAUCCUCUUCGAGCGUCGGGAUUCCUCUUGUACACUUCUCGCAUAUUCUGCCAGCUUCUCGUCGUCCGUGUGCGAAGACUUUCCCUUACGUCGACUGAGCACCUCUCUGCUGCUUCUUUGGCUGUUGGAAAGCUCCCCCGCCUGGCUCCGACAUAUUAUUUUACAUACAACACCACCUUGCGACUGCACUGCACUGAGGAGACCUUUGGUGGCUAUAUAUCACAACAAAGGAGCUCUUGGAAGACUAGUUGUCCCAGUCAAGAAGAACCUGGCAAGGACUAUAAGCGCAGCAGGAACCAAGAUUGAACCCUAUACACCACAGUAUAGGAAUUGAGCUGCUGCUGAGGACUAUCAGAACUGAUAGAUCCCCACAAGUUGCACCUGGUGGUACACUUCUCUAUUGUCAAGUUUGUGUAGACCAAGAGAUUUUUUCUUCUCUUCUGCAGCUUGCCCCCGCUUCCCAAUCCUUCCUCCUUUUUCAUACAGCUCAAGCUGCUUACCACAGAAGGGCACAAUUUACUUUGUACCCCUCUUCUUGGACUUGAGCUUUUCAACCAUCCGCCAUAACCGCCAACAACCAAACAACUCGAAGUCAGUCUACAUCGUAACAACAACUUGCCCAACAUGGCAGACAAUGGUGCCCCCGGAAACCAGCUCCCACCGCCUCCCCAGUCUAAUGCUGGAGCGCCAGGCUACGAGAACGGCCAGAACGGCUCCUCGAACGCCCACAUGCCUCCCCCACCGCUCCAUAUCCCUCCCAACACGAACCCGAUCCCGACCGCCGUUACCUCGCCCAUGUCUGGCGACCAGCUCAUGUCUCCCCCUAGCGGUGGGCCCUUUCCCCGACGUGCGGCGCCCGAGCCUAACAAGCGAGCCUUGUAUGUCGGUGGUUUGGACCCUCGUGUCACCGAGGAUGUACUGCGCCAGAUCUUUGAGACAACUGGGCACGUCCAAAACGUCAAGAUCAUUCCUGACAAGAAUGCCAAGGGUUUCAACUACGGCUUCGUUGAGUACGAUGAUCCUGGCGCAGCCGAGCGUGCCAUGCAGACCCUGAACGGUCGUCGCGUCCACCAGCUGGAGAUUCGCGUGAACUGGGCUUAUCAGUCCAACACGACGAGCAAGGAGGACACAUCGAACCACUUCCACAUCUUUGUGGGUGAUUUGUCGAACGAGGUCAACGAUGAGGUCUUGUUGCAGGCUUUCUCCGCAUUCGGCUCAGUUUCUGAGGCCCGUGUUAUGUGGGACAUGAAGACUGGCCGCUCUCGAGGAUAUGGCUUUGUCGCCUUCCGUGACCGGCCCGAGGCUGAGAAGGCUUUGAGCUCUAUGGACGGCGAGUGGCUGGGCUCGCGUGCGAUCCGCUGCAACUGGGCCAACCAGAAGGGCCAGCCCUCAAUCGCCCAGCAGCAGGCCAUGCAGGCCAUGGGCAUGACCCCCACGACGCCUUACGGUCAUCACCACUUCCCCACCCAUGGCGUCCACAGCUAUGACAUGAUCGUCGGCCAGACCCCCGCCUGGCAGACCACCUGCUAUGUUGGCAACCUGACG